AUGUGUUUUAAUUUUUAUAAAAUCUAUAUACAUUCCCAUAUAUUUCAUUGUUCUAUCGAGUAUAAAUUUGUAGGGGAUUUUCCUGAACUACAAAAAAUUAUGAAUAAAGAAAAAGGAGAAGGAGAAUCGGUGUCAACAGGUAAUUGUCGAGACAUUGAAAGUAAUGUACCUGUGAGUUUCAAUUCCACUAUUGUAACAAUAUGCAAAAAGGUUCUAGAUUAUAUUGAAACUAUACAAACUGAUCACCGUCAGAAUUUUAUAGAAUCUCGUUGUAUAUAUUUUUAUUAUUGGCUAUAUGAUAUGUAUGGGGAAAAUAAGGAUAUAAAAGAUAUUAAAUUUGUUUAUCAAUUCAUGGUAAAACAAUUUAAUAAUGAUUACGGCGUGCAAUGCAUGAAUUAUGAACAUAUAACAAUUACAAAUAAUGAAAUGUUAAACCUAAAAGUUUUAUAUGAUAUGUAUGCUAAACUUAAUUGCAUAAGUAAGAAAACUGAACUAUCUGAUAAUGAAUGUGAAUGUGCCCAAAUCUGUGCUGAUAAAUACAUGGAACACAAGCAGACGUGUAAAUACAACACUUUACCCUAUUUCUGUAAUACAUUAGAAGAGUUUAAAAAUAAAUAUAAUAAACAAAUGUCUUCUAGUAAAUGUAAUAAUGGUUCCCCCAAAACAUUACCUUCCUUACAAUCCAAUAAUGUUAUAACUCUAACAGUAAUUCCAGUUGUUGUAACAUUAGCAAUAUCUUCUUUUUUAUUUAUCUUGUAUAAGGUUAAUUAUUAUUUUAUUCCAUAUGGUCGAAGUAUCGGAUAUGAAUUUAUGAAUAAAAGAAAAAAAUAUAAUAAUAUUGAUAAAGAGUUGAAUAUAUCCCAACAAUAUGAAAUAUCCAGUUUUAAUUUAAGAAACAAGGGAUAUCAUAUAUUAUAUAAUUUUCACUAA